AUGCGUCGUAACCCAAUAGCCUUCAAUCGGCGUCCUAGCCUCCAUAUUCGAACCCCACGUCUCAACCCCGCGUGUACUCGCGCCGAGUCAAGCCAAGCAUCCCGCAUCGACCGCAUCACAUCCAAGCUUCCCCGUCGGUUACAGAAAUACACCAGCCGUUUACGCAAUGCGCCUGUCUCGCAUGUCGUCUCAUUUCUGAUCUUGCACGAGAUCACAGCCAUUGUCCCUGUGCUGGGACUAUUUGGUUUUUUUCACUACACAAAUUACGUACCUGUAGACUACGUAACAGGUCAUUUUGGAAGCUAUGUGGAAGAUGGUGUUAGCAGGUUUGGGAGAUAUUUCAAACGAAAAGGCUGGUUUGGGUUUGACAAGAACGAUGAAGGCGAGACAGCCUCAAGUAUAGCUACGACACAUCCCGACUCCAAAGCCGAAGAUGCAGUCGAGCGUUGGCAGAGUGGAGAUGGACGAUACAAAGUGCUUAUGGAAGUUGCUCUUGCAUACGCAAUUACCAAAGCUUUACUGCCAGUCCGUAUCAUUGGCAGUGUCUGGGCUACACCGUGGUUUGCUGGUGUACUUAUGAGAGCCAAAGGAGCAUUCACGCGCAAAUCUUAA